UUGGAAUUAAAAAUGAUUGAAGUCUUAAUACUGAAGAUUGAAAAUCCAGAUUGCUUUUGGGUCUGCAUAAUAGGAGGCAGAAAAUUUAUAGACAAUGAGAUGGAAUAUAAAACACUUCAGACUGAAAUGAAUCAAUUCUAUAACAAGCAUUAUCGAUGUGUGGAUGCCAAGCCCUGUGCACUAGAAGAGGGACAGGUUUGCGCUGUUUACUAUCAGGAACUGAAAUCUUGGUGCAGAGCUGUUGUUAAUUCAAUCAUAUCAUGCACGGAUUAUUACAUUGCGGAAUGUUUCCUUGUGGACUAUGCCAAAACUGUUCCUGUAAAGACUGAAAAGAUCUGUGUGGUCUUAAAAUCAUUUAUGAGACUGCCUUAUAGAGCUAAAAAGCUUAGGUUGUACUGUGUCAAACCACUAACACUACGUGUCAACUACUACAAUGACAAUGCAGAGAUAGUGCCUGCUAGCAAGUGGGACAUUGCAGCUGUCCAGUACUUCCAAAACCUUCUGAAAGCAGCCACUCAAGCAGAGGCCAAAUUAUGUGCGGUUGAAGAGGAUAAUUUUGCUGUCUAUCUUUAUGUCACAAUAAGUGGUGAAAAGGUGUGUGUGAACGAUGAUCUUGUUGCCAAGAACUUUGCCUGCUAUGAACUUGCUGUUAAGUUUACAGAUAUUGUGUUUCGUUUUAGCAGCUUACCUAAGACAAGCACCAAAAUCCAGGAAGUGAAAAACGGUCUCUACGAGAACAACCUUGGGGUGAAGCUUCUACAGUUUUUAAACCCUGAUUCUCUGAAAAUGGCCACUGGACAAGAAACAGAGGAGCUUAAGCUGAAUAUCACUACAUGUCUUCCUGUUGUGCUGAGUAAUAAAAUCGAACCAUGUCCAUCUCUUGAAACCGCACCACUGUUUCCAGCUUUAAAAAAGGAGCUUUUAAGAAAUCAAUUCCAAGGACCUAAUCAUGUACAGUCUUAUUCCUGGCCUGCAAUAGCCCGUGGAUAUGAUUCACUUAUUAUCUCUUCUGAAAGUAAUCCACUUUCAUAUCUUCUGCCCAUCAUUACAUUUUUGCAAUCAAGAAAUUGCUACAUAUCCUUAUCAGCUAGACACGGUCCAGUAGCAUUAAUCAUAUGCCCUGGCCAGAAGAAAGCAGAACUGGUAUUUGAGCUCCUGAAAAAGUACACCCAUUGCUCCCGGCCUCUCUACCCGAUGUUGCUUUUCCUGGGAAUGAAUAAGGAAGAAAUCAAGAAUGUAAGAAUUUCAAGAGGAUGUGAAAUCGUUGUAACAACCCCUCUUAGCUUUUUGCGGCUGCUCGAGCAUCACAGUUUAGACUUCCUUAGGUUGUGUCAUCUGGUGUUUGAUGAGGUUGAUGUAUUGUUCUCAGAAGCCAAGGAUCAGAUAUUUAGUAUUUUACAAUACUAUAAAUCUAUCCUGAGUGUUGAAGAAAAGGAGUUUUCACCGCAGCAGAUUGUUGCUGUUGGAAACCACUGGGACAAAAACGUAGAGAUUUUAACAAAAGAAUUUAUGAACGAUCCAUAUAUUGUAAUUACCUCCAUGGAAGAAGCUGCCAUCUAUGGGAAAGUGCAACAGGUUGUGCAGCUGUGUCUUGAGUGCGACCGGAUCUCCACUUUGCUUCAAACAUUAGAUUUUACCCCGACAGAUGCUCAAAAGACUCUGAUUUUUACAAGUUCUGUAGAAGAAAGAGACAUGGUAUACAAGGCAGUGGAGAGCAUUUCACUCUUUUGCUUGAAAAUAAACCCAGGAGUCGGAUUUCAUUCUGAUUAUAUUGCUGAGCAGUGGAACAAAACUAUCAGCCCUGGCACCCAUGUUGUAUUGGUUUUAACGGAUGACUGCAUGGCAGCUGCAAGAUUUACAGACGCAACACGUGUCGUUCAUUUCAGCUUUCCCCCAACUCCGAGAAUCUUUGGUGCCCGUCUACAUGGCCUGUCUGUCAACUUCCAGAAUCCAGUAAAGAAGGUCUGAAGCAAAGCCAAAUCCAUCUUGCUGUUGACAGAGAGAAACGCCCGUCACGCAGUUGGAGUGUUGCAUUAUUUGAAGCGGGCAGAAGCCUUCAUUCCCCCCGACUUGUACCACUUUACCAGGGGAGUCUUGGAAGCCGAAGAGGAGAAGAGAAGCGGGCAGCCAGUUUGUCAUUCCAUUAAGGCCUAUGGAAUAUGCAAAAAUAAAAAACGCUGUCCAGAUCGCCAUCGCAUUAACCUUCAGACUGACGUGCCCUCAAAAGUAGCCGAUGAAGCUCUGCAAGCAGGUGGAGUUAUAACAAUACUGCCUCUUUUUAUCGUGGAUGCCACAAACUACUUUGGCCGCCUGGGAGGGAAACGGGGUCAUUCCUACGCAGCUCUUGAAACGGAGAUAAAGGAUUACUAUCAGGAAUCUAGCAAGCGGACCUCGGUUGACAAAGUGGAGAAGCUGGCAAUAUACGGACUGCGGGAAGAGAAGUCUUUCCAUAGGGUUCAAGUGCUAGACAUUGGACAAAAAGAAGACUCCGGUGUGUUUUACAACGUUCACAUCAAGUACAUAGAUGAAGGCAGAACUGGCUAUGUUCAAAAUUAUAACUUGCUUAGUUUACCGGAACAGUUUCGAGCGUUGCCUCCUCAGGCUGUGGAGUUCAUAGUUUGUAGGGUUAAACCCAUCGAUAAUGAAGCAGAAUGGAAUCCAAAAGUGUCUAGAUACAUUAAUGACAAAAUCAGAGGGAAACCACAUGAAGCAAAAAUAGCACUUAUCCUGGGAAAUACAAUUUGGGUAGAUCCAGUGAUUCGAAUCACUAAACUUCAAGACCUGAAAACUUCCAUCAACGAAUAUAAUAUCCGCUCUGAAAUCCUAUCUACUGGAUUGGGAGUAGACAAUCCUGAGCAUAUACGGGAACUUGAGAAAUUAUUUAAUGAGGCUGAAAUACCCCAUGAGAAAAAAGAUAAGCCUGCAUUCUUCCAUCCAACAAUAAAAUGGUUUGACAAGGAAGAUGUUGUUGUUGUAAAGGUAAAAUUGCAAAACAUUAGGAAUUAUGACUGCAGGAUUUUUGAACAGAGGAUCACUUUCAGUGCUUUGGCAAACGGCAAAUUUUAUUUGGCCGAUAUGGAGCUGCAGAGAAGCAUCCUCAGAGAAAAAUCAACUUGUGUAGUUAAGGGCGAUGAGCCCACCAUUCUCCUUGCAAAAGUGAAGAAGGAACCUUGGUACAACUUGUUAAAACAGAAGAAUCAUCACGUAUCUUAUGACUUUGAUUAUUUGGAUGAUAAUGAGGAAAGAGGCCCGUUCUGUGUAGGAUCAAGCCUUAAGAAAGAGUAUCAGAUUCCUAUAGGAGUGUGUGAAGAGGAAGAGGAGGAGGAGGAAUCUUCAAAAGACAGUGAUUCAGAGAGUGAUUUAUCCUCUUGUUAAUUAUAUUUUGGGCUUUAGUCUUUGAUCCUCCACAAGUUUAAAGUAUCUAAAAUAGAUAGUACAAAACCCUUUGCAUGUGUAUCGGGUGGCUUUUUCAUAGUGAUGCAAUCUCAGCAUUUUAUUAAAUUUUGAUGACCCAGAUGUUGAAAACAGGACUUCUGUGGGGUGCCACAUUUGCUGUUUAUUGACAGUUAUAAUUCUAAACAUGCUCGUUGCAAAUGAAUCUUAACAAAUUUGGGUGAAAUUUAAUUUGAUACACGAAUGGAUAGUUACAUCAAAUUUAACGAUUAGACUAGGACAGGUACACUAUUGGAAAUUCCUUUUAAGUUGCAGUUAUAUCAAAAUACUUCACAAAGAAAGCAUGUUUUUUAAUUUUGCUUUUUUAAAAAAAAAUACAAUAUAAUCUGAGAUAUUUUUGUAAUGCUAUAUGGUGCUAACGGGAUAAGCUGAGCAUUUGUUGUAAGCUGGCUCUUAAGGAAAUUAAAAUGCUGAGAUAAUUUAUUCUUUGUGAGGGAUAAAGCAGUAAUAUAACAUUGCAAAAGAAAAACUUUUGGUUCUUUUUCAUAAUAUUAAAUGGGUGUGUAUUUGUUUUGGAAAAUGUUCAAAUACUUGGUUUUGCUUUCAGGCAUAUAGCUUUGUUGUAACAUUGCAAUAUAAAGCAGCUGUGUCAAUCAAAACAUCACAUAUUUCUUCCUCAAGCAGAAGAAAGUAAAAGUAUAUCACAUAAUUUCUUGGAAUGUUAACAUGGAAAAUCUGAAAGGUCAAUACAGAAAACCUGUAAUUAUAGACACAACUUAUACAGAAUACUAACUUGCAAAAUGUUAUUGACACAGAGGGCUCUGUUAUAUAUGGUUGUGGGUUAAGGGCAAAGGUUUUUUUUAUUGUAGUCAGGAAUUCCUCACACUCACAUUCAUUAUAAGGAUGUUUCUCAACCCCAGCAAAUUUAAGAUGUCUGGACUUCAACUCCCAAAAUUCCUCAGCCAGCAAAGUUAUCGAGGUUUAGAAAUUGUGUUAGAAAUGUACAAGCCAGGUCUGAAAAUCUACAGUUAACUGUACAAUGCAGUUCCUCUAGUUCUAUAGCUAUGCGAAGUUGAUCAAAGUAACAAAGGAAGUACAAGUCUACAAACAAUCUUAAGUUUAUAAUGCUGCAUUCAGAUAAGUCAGAUACUUGAUCCUUCUCUGUGUUAAUAUUGGUCUUGUUAACCGUUAGUUGUCUUUCUGAGAAAAAGAAGUGUUCAUUAAAAUUUAAAAUGGAAUAACAUCUGUUUUGUAACACCUUUUCACUGUUUGUGACUUGAAACUACUAUAGAGUCAAAAUUGUCCUAGAGCAGUGG